AUGGCAAUGGAACAACAAGAAGUAUAUUGUGAUCCAAUUAAUUAUUUUCACCAAUUGCCAAAAUAUUCAUUUGUUGAUCAAUCUUUUCAAUCUCCUCCCAAUCAAAUUACUUUCUUUAAUAAUAUGAAUCCAAUUUGUAAUAAUCCUCCUAAUACAAUGAAUAAUACUUUAAACAAUAAUAUGAAUAAUACAAAUAUUCCAAUAACAAAUCAAAUCACCAAUAAUAAUAAUAACAAUCAAAAUAAUUUUUCCUUAAACAAUAACUAUCAAUAUAAUAAUUAUGCUCAAAGCCCUCCCACUAUUAUUUUUCAAGAUACUUCUUAUUGUGUGAGUGGAAUAAAUGUUGUCUCACCAAAUACACCAAAUCUUACACCAAAUCUCACACCAAUUCCAACACCUAAUCACUCUACUCCGUCCCUUACUCCAACCCCUACUCCACCAUUAACACCCACAUCCAUGCCUUCUAAUAAUUUCCAACUUAUUGAUCCUUCUUUUCAUUCUGAAACAUUUUCACAUGAAAAUUUCUUAAAUAGAAAUGUUGAAAUGCCAUGGUUUUGUGUUGUAAAUAAUAACUCACCUAAAUCUGGUUCAAUUCCAUUGCCAAAUGUAUUCUCUUCAUUCUCGACACCACUGUUUAGAAACUUUUAUCACAAUAUCGAAUUCUUUAUUCCAGACUUGGAAAUGCAAAGAAAAUACCAUAAUCAAAGAGUAUAUAUAUCUGAUGUCGUUGGCUACAGUGGUAACGCCAAAAAGUUUAUCAACACUCCACAACCCAAUGAAGUUGCUCUCUUUCUGGAAGCCCAAGUGUUGGAUACCGAGUUUAAUCCACUACCACAAUGUACAUUCUGCAAAGAGUACUUCCAAUCGAGAUUCUACUUUGCCAACAACCCUCAAUGCAAAGAGAAACUGGUACUGGUCAAGAGUAACGUUGCAUGUUUCAUAAAGAAUGGAAUGUUUUCCGUACAAAUCAAGAUUAUGUGUUGCUCCAAACAUCACAACAACAAUAGUCUGGUGAUUCACCUUUGGCUUAGAGAUGCCCAUACCAAUGAAAUCGUCAUGUCAUCGGUUUUGUCGUCUUUCAUCAAGCAAUGGAAGAGAAGCAAGACUCCAUAA